CACAAAGAGCACAACACCUAAUAAACUCAAAAAAAGAGAAAUCAAAAGAGGGGAAAAUUGGCAGACGAAAAUGGAGGUACCAGGUUCAUCGAAGAAGAUGGUAGCAACACAAGCAGAAAUGGUGGAGAACAAAGUGCCAUUAGCUUAUCGAGAUCAGUGCGCACACCUGUUGAUCCCAUUGAACAAGUGUCGUCAAUCCGAAUUCUACCUCCCAUGGAAAUGCGAAGACGAACGCCAUACAUAUGAAAAGUGUGCCUAUGAACUUGUUAUGGAACGGAUGCUUCAGAUGCAGAAGAUCCGUGAAGAAGAAGCACGGAUGAAGCAAAAGGGAACACAAUCCAUUCCGCUCAUUCCUAAGACUGCAAAUGCCUAGUUUUUCUACUGCUUAGGGAGAUGAAAAUUGCCAGAGGUCUCCGGUAAUCCAGAGAAUCGUCAAGUACUAGUUGCUGGAUUUAUAUUCGAAGUUGAUUUCUGUUGAAUGAUAAAAGAUGGUGGACUCUUUGUAACCUCUACCUAAAUGCAAAUAAUGUUAAGACCA